CGGGCAAGAGCCUAUUUACGCGGGCCCCGCACUGUCCGGAGCUGGGCUGCGCCUGCAGAGGGAAGUCCAGCCAAUCACUGUCAACUCGCCUGCUCCAGGCCACCUGGACUGAGACAGCUCUCCAUGGACGACUCUAAAGAUGACCCGACCAUCUUCAGCACCCACCGUCUGCCCAGUGACUCCAGGCUCUGGGCCACUGUAACCAACUCAUACCUAGGUACACGUGUGUAUCAUGACACCAUACAUGUAAUCGGUGUGUACAACGGAGCUGGAGGGGGCUCUCACCGGGCAAUUCUGCCCAGCCCCCUCAAUGUCCGGUUAGAAGCCCCUGAAGGAACAGAACAGCUGACAGAGACCUUUACCCUGGACACCAACACAGGUUCCUUCCUGCACACCCUGGAAGGCCCCAGCUUCCGGGCUUCCCAAUGCAUCUAUGCUCACCGUGUGUUACCCCACGUACUGGCCUUCAGCGUGUCCAUUGAACGCCUGACCACAGGGAACAAGCCCAUCACAGUGCUGCUACAGGCAACCUUCUCCCCAGAAAGCCCAGACCUGGACCUGCAUGUGGGGCCUGACUUCCAGGGAGGCCGGUACCUGCAUGGCCACACCCUCACCCCUGAGCAGCCAGGGGAGCCUCAGCAGGAAAUACAUAUGCUGUGGUUGCCAGUUCCUCCAGCUCUGACCCUUGGGGAAGAUGAGAAGGACAGGACCUGGGACUUUCUGACUGUGGUGGGUGGCAGCCAGGCUGAGGCCCAGGGAUGCUUUGCUGAGGCCCUGCAGCUGCAGACCAGGGGUGUUCUGCAUACGGCCCAUGCAGAUGCCUGGGCCCAGCUCUGGGCAAGCUGUGGCCUGGAUGUGGCUGGGCCCCUGCCCCUACACCAGGCCCUUCGUGGCUCCCUCUACUACCUGCUCAGUGAGCUUCCCCAGCCUGGCACCCAAGGAUUCAUCAGCCAUGGGCUUAGCCCUGGAGGCCUCUCCAAUGGGAGUCAGGAAGAAUGCUACUGGGGCCAUGUCUUCUGGGACCAGGACCUCUGGAUGUUCCCAAAUAUUUUGAUGUUCCACCCAGAAGCUGCCAGGGCCAUCCUGGAGUACCGAGUCCGUACGUUGGGAGGGGCCCUGAAGAAUGCCCGGAACCUGGGCUACCGGGGAGCCAAGUUUGCUUGGGAGAGUGCAAGCACUGGCCUAGAGGUCUGCCCUGAGGACAUUUACGGGACCCAGGAGAUCCAUGUCAAUGGCGCCGUGGUGCUGGCCUUCCAGCUGUACUACCACUGCACUCAGGACCUGCAGCUCUUCCGAGAGGCUGGUGGCUGGAAUGUGGUCAGUGCUGUGGCUGAGUUUUGGUGCAGCCGGGUAGAAUGGAGCCCCCAGGACAAGAUGUACCACCUGAAAGGAGUCAUGCCCCCCGAUGAGUACCACUCAGGAGUCAACAAUUCUGUGUACACCAAUGUCCUGGUCCAGAACAGCCUGCGCUUUGCCGUUGCAUUGGCCAAGGACUUGGGUUUGCCUGUCCCCAACCAGUGGCUGGAGGUGGCUGACAAGAUCAAGGUGCCAUUUGACUCUGAGCAGAACUUCCACCCCGAGUUUGAUGGCUAUGAACGUGGAGAAGAAGUGAAGCAGGCGGACGUUGUACUCCUGGGAUACCCAGUCCCCUUUCCCCUGAGACCUGACAUCCGAAGGAAAAAUUUGGAGAUUUAUGAGGCCGUGACAUCUCCCCAGGGCCCUGCCAUGACCUGGAGCAUGUUUGCUGUGGGCUGGAUGGAACUGAAGGACCCCUCAAAGGCCCAGGUCCUCCUGAACCGGAGUUUCACCAAUGUUACCGAGCCCUUCAAGGUGUGGACCGAGAAUGAAGAUGGGUCUGGCGCAGUGAACUUCCUGACAGGCAUGGGGGGCUUCCUACAGGCAGCACUCUUCGGGUUCACGGGGUUCAGGAUCACUGAGGCAGGUGUGACCUUUGACCCCCUGUGUCCAGACCUGGUCUCCAGAGUAUCUGUCUCUGGUAUUUCCUACCUGGGGAACAAGCUCAACUUCGCCUUUUCCAAGGAAUCGGUGACACUUGAGGUCACAACCCGUGCAGAGCCCUGGGCGCCCCUGCUAGAAGCUGAGCUGUGGCCAUCGCUGGCCCAGCUCCCUCUGCCACCAGGACACAAGGUCUCCUUUCCCUACUCAGCUGGCCGGAUACAAAGGUCAUCCCCCAUAGCUGCCCAGAAGUUCCAGCUCUCCAGUGUUUCCUGAUAGGAGUUUUGACAUUAGAACUUCCUUUCAGUACCUGGGCCCUCAGCUGCAUCUCCAACCCCACAGUCUCUCAAUCUGGAUCCUACCCUGAACCGUUAAGUCUCUGGGGUGUUCCUUCGGCACCUUCCCCCUCCUCCUUACUCUCCUCACCCUCUCCAGUCCUGGACCGUGUAGUUAGAGCCUCAUACACUCUUCGUUUUGGGGCUGAACCCAGCUCUCUACUCCUUAUCUCCCCACUUUGCUGUCUCCCUAGGCCUUAACUUUCUUUUUCAUCUCUGGUUUCUGGAAUACUUUGGUCAAAGGACUGGGUGGGAAAUGGCCAGCAGCUCUGCUGAGAAGGUGGCCAGCAAGUGGGUCAUGGAGUCAGGGGCUCAGCUAGUCCAAAGAAGAGCUUCCUGUGGCAUGCAUUUGGUACCAGGUGGGCCUAGCCAAGUGCCCAAGGGUUUCUGGCUUUGAACUUCCUAUUCUUUGACUCCUUUUGACUUCAGAUGGUAUCUAGCAAAGUGGGCUAGGUUAAGAGCUAUCCUUAACCAUGCAGCCUGUGAGAAGGAAGGCAGUGCUCUCAAAGGACAAGGUAGAUGGACAUGGGACUGGCGACCAGAGGAACUGGAGUCAGAUGGACAGGGUUCCAGGCCAUAGUCCUAGCCAUCGGUGUGGCGAGGCUACGCAGGCUUCCCUCCUGGUAGACUAUCAGUGUUUCCCCAGAACAAGGUGCACAGCGUAGGACCAAGAUCCUGGUAAAAUCUGUGCCCCUCUACCACGCCAACUUGGCUAAUUAAAGUCAGUGCUGGCAAAAGCUCCUGAGGUCAGGGUGUGUGCUGGAUUCAUGUCCCUUUGCACCUGGGGCUGAGUGGUGAUUUCAAAGCUCAGGGGCAAGGCGGGGCGCCUCCACCUUCUUUAUGGUGGGCCAGGAGCUACCCUGGCAGAAGUGGAUGCUCAUAUGUUACCCAAAAAC